GCCACACAUUCAUACGCAAAGAGUUUAUAAAACUCAUAAAGGUAUAAUAAUAACGAGUGAAUAAGUCAAAAAAAGUCUUCUCUGGACACAUGGCAGAUCUUAAUGAGUGAAUCCUUAAACUACUCAUUUUACAAUUGCUUCGCUGUGUAUAGUUUACGUGGCAUUACCAGAGACACAAACUCCGUCUUCGCCUUUUCUUUUGCCUCUAAAAUAUCUUCCGCCAUUAUAAAACAGCAUGCUCUCACUCCAACUUUUAUUUAUCUACAAACAUUAAAUCCACCUGAACUAGAACAGAAAGAGAGAGAAACUAUUAUUUCAGCAAACCAUACCAACAAAAAAGACAGAGAUCUUUUAGUUACCUUAUCCAGUUUCUUGAAACAGAGUACUCUUCUGAUCAAUGAACUCAUUUUCUGCUUUUUCUGAAAUGUUUGGCUCCGAUUACGAGUCUUCGGUUUCCUCAGGCGGUGAUUAUAUUCCGACGCUUGCGAGCAGCUGCCCCAAGAAACCGGCGGGUCGUAAGAAGUUUCGUGAGACUCGUCACCCAAUAUACAGAGGAGUUCGUCGGAGAAACUCCGGUAAGUGGGUUUGUGAGGUUAGAGAACCAAACAAGAAAACAAGGAUUUGGCUCGGAACAUUUCAAACCGCUGAGAUGGCAGCUCGAGCUCACGACGUUGCCGCUUUAGCCCUUCGUGGCCGAUCAGCCUGUCUCAAUUUCGCUGACUCGGCUUGGAGACUCCGAAUCCCGGAAUCAACUUGCGCUAAGGACAUCCAAAAGGCGGCGGCUGAAGCUGCGUUGGCGUUUCAGGAUGAGAUGUGUGAUGCGACGACGGAUCAUGGCUUCGACAUGGAGGAGACGUUGGUGGAGGCUAUUUACACGGCGGAACAGAGCGAAAAUGCGUUUUAUAUGCACGAUGAGGCGAUGUUUGAGAUGCCGAGUUUGUUGGCUAAUAUGGCAGAAGGGAUGCUUUUGCCGCUUCCGUCCGUACAGUGGAAUCAUAAUCAUGAAGUCGACGGCGAUGAUGACGACGUAUCGUUAUGGAGUUAUUAAAACUCAGAUUAUUAUUUCCAUUUUUAGUACGAUACUUUUUAUUUUAUUAUUAUUUUUAGAUCCUUUUUUAGAAUGGAAUCUUCAUUAUGUUUGUAAAACUGAGAAACGAGUGUAAAUUAAAUUGAUUCAGUUUCAGUAUAAGUGUGGGCUAUUCUUAAAUGCAAGUAUUUUUAGAGCAGUAACAAAAAAAUGUUGUUUAAAUUAGAGUAUAAAACCGAAACAACCGAUUCAGCAAAACCUCCAAUAAUAGACCGUACACCAUAAACAGAAAUAUGGGUCCCACAAGAGAGCACUGUCCGUAGCUUCCCCUUCAUUGGCCCUCUACGUGGCUCCUCUUGUAACC